AUGAGCCUGCGAUCAAUUCUUGGCGACUCGAACCGUGUCAAGAAGAAACAAAGCCCAUCUUCAUCGAGGUCAGCGAGCGGCUCUUCCUCCUCCUCCUCCUUACCAUGGCCAACAAAUCUGCAACGCAGGAAGCCCUCGUCUGGAGGUUCGUCUGAAAAGCAACCGACGCCAACCCGGACGCCAAGCCGCCACCACCAUGACGAAGACGAUGACGACCAGGAGAUCCUCAACCACCCGCUCGACGAUCACGGCCUCGUCGCAGCCCUGACCACGGACCUUCGGCUGCGCGACGUCCCACAGGCGGUGCGGCACGCCCGGGAAAACAUGUUUGCGCCCCUCCCCAUGCGCGGCAUCUCGUCGGCGCUCCGCAUGACCAUCGCGUCCAGGAGGGAGGGCAUCCCGCCCGUUGUCUCGGCCGCCCACGUCCAGGCCCUCCUGACCGCCACGCCGACCGCCGUCGAGCGCGAGACGGUCGAGCUGGUCCGCGCCGGCGUCCUCAGGAGAGUCGAGGUGCCCAGCAGGGGCGCCGCGGGGGAGGUCCUGGUCCUGGCGGCCGACUACGAGGCGCUGGUGCGGCGGGCGCAGGGGCUGGACGACGGCAUGCGCGAGGCUUACGUGGCGCUGUUGAGGGAUCGUCCCGGCGCCGCGACCGUCAUGGCUGGACCGGACUCUGGGCUCGGCGGCGCGCAGGUUGAGAGGCUGUUCCGCGCGGGGUUUCUCACCAGCGCUGUGCAGGGCCGUGCGGCUGCGGACGGCAUCUUCUCGCGGCCGGAGGACAGGACCACGCUGCUGUCGCUCGCCACCGUGGCGAGGGCGCCGUCCGGGACGAUCGGGGCGGUGGGUGGCCAGGGAGGGGCGCGCGAGCACGCUACUGGCAGGGGAGGCGCUGGUUCUCCGUGGUCGGCCGGGACCGGGGCGACGGCGACAGAGUAUCGGAUCGCCGUGCCCGGGGCCGGAGCGUUUCUCAAGCUGGCGACGGCGGCGCUGGAGCACUUCAAGACGCUGCUGGCGCGGCUGCCGCACCGCGAGGCGCCCGAGUACCUGCUUAGGGAGAAGUGGGAGGGCGGGACGGCAAAGGGCGGCGGCGUGCAGGAGGCGGUGCGGCUGGCGCGCGGCGAAAAGGUCGGCACGCUACCCGGGCGCACGAGGCGGUGGCGGGACUUUUUGGGCUUGGAGUUCGAGUGGGUGCUCGCCGAGGCGAUCGGGGCUGGGAUGGCCGAGGUUUUUGAGACGGGCAGCGUCGGACGAGGGGUAAGGUUGCUUGCGAGUUAG